CUUGUUCGUGAAAAAGUACGAAGUUUGAUCUUUCGAAGCUAGUGUACAUGUCAUUACCUGGGGAUUGCAACACAACACAUUCUAAAAGCGAUGACAUGAAUGUCAAACAAUCUUAUCCAAAAGAACUGCCUAUUAUUGGAUAGAAACUUCAUUCCCAAUAGAGAUAAUCAAGAGUCUGCAUCGUGAAAAGAGACCCGUAGAUAAUUUCCGACGCGUGAUCACUCCUGUCGCGUGCGUUCACUUUCAUCGCACUCACCGUAGCACAUUCACUUCAAUCUGAAAAUUCCUUAGGAGAAAUUUUCCAUGCGCCAUAUAAACACCCUUUCUGCUAAAGAUUCUAUCAGCUUCUGUUCAAUCUCGAUUCAAGUCACUCGCUUCUGCAAGAUCGACUCGCGAACACUCUCAAACAAGUCACUCCUUUCUACACCUCUCAUCCCACUUCCAAGAUGAGCACACUCUAUUUCUUCCUCCUUUUCUACCUCUCCUUUGUUUCCCUCACAACCGCCUCCCCCAUCACACACUCGACUAACGUAACCGUGCGUUGCCCCCCUCAAAUCCCCAUCCACGACCGCCGCGGCAUCGCCUACAAUAACGCCAACCUACUCUCCCUCUUCGCCCAACCCGACUCACACAUCACCUGGCGCUACAACUGGGACUCAUCGAAUGCAUCAUCCCCAACCACUUUCGACUUCACCCCCAUGCUGCACACUGUACGCUCCGACCACACAAAGGUCUGGAAGACCAACGCCAAAGCCGUAGUCAAGAAGAACUGGGAAAAGGGUCGAGCAACGUGGAUGUUGGGCUUUAAUAUGCCGGACAAUUGCAUACCCAACACAGGCGGUUCCUGCAUCGACGUCGCAACUACCGUUGCACCACUUGCUGCGUCCAAUCGCAAUGUGUAUCUGGGUUCUCCAGCUGUUACGAAUGCGCAGGCGACAGAUACUGCGGGGUUGGGGUGGUUAGCGUGGUUUCUGCACGAGUGUGGUGGGUGUAGUGUUGAUUUUGAAGAUUCACUGAUUACAGAGUUCAAGCCUAAGGGGACGGUGGAGCAGAUUCGCCAGUUCCUGGAGGAGGUGAUGCCUUGGAUGGACGAGAGUCCGGAUGUGCAUCGGUAUGCGUAUUUCAUGGCUAUGCCGGGGGAGGGAUUCUUGAUUGAUGGGAGUGGUGGGGCGUUGAAUGAAAUUAGGAGGACGUUUGCUUUCUUCCAUCGGCACUGA